AUGAUAAUUGAGUCGGCUGAAAUAAUGUUUCUUGUUCUUUUUUCUUUUCUUUUUACUUCCUCUUUCUUUUCUUUUUACUUCCUCUUUCUUUUCUUCUUUUUACUUCCUCUUUCUUUUCUUCUUUUUUCUUUUCUUUCUUUCUUCGUCUUUCUUUCUUUCUUUCUUCGUCUUUCUUUCUUUCUUUCUUCGUCUUUCUUUCUUUCUUUCUUCGUCUUUCUUUCUUUCUUUCUUUCUUUCUUCGUCUUUCUUUCUUUCUUUCUUUCUUUCUUCGUCUUUCUUUCUUCGUCUUUCUUUCUUUCUUUCUUUCUUCGUCUUUCUUUCUUUCUUUCUUUCUUCGUCUUUCUUUCUUUCUUUCUUCGUCUUUCUUUCUUUCUUUCUUUCUUCGUCUUUCUUUCUUCGUCUUUCUUUCUUUCUUUUCUUUCUUCGUCUUUCUUCGUCUUUUCUUUCUUCGUCUUUCUUUCUUCGUCUUUUUCUUUCUUCGUCUUUUUCUUUCUUCGUCUUUCUUUCUUUCUUCGUCUUUCUUUCUUCGUCUUUCUUUCUUUCUUCGUCUUUCUUUCUUUCUUUCUUUUUAAAUGUAAAAUCCGAAACAUGAAUAUUUCUCAAAAAUAUUCACAUUAUUUCCACGCGCAGUAUUGA